AUCUCAAAAAAAAUGGAAUCAAUGUCAAUGACUCACCGUGUUGUCCGUAACAACAAGAGAUUACCACAGUCUAGAUAUUCUCCUUACAUUUUAGGGUCAGUGAUCGAUACUAUUCCUUACCCUAAAGACACUGAUCUUACCAAUGAGAAGCAGAAAGAUGAUGCUGAGCGACUCGGAGUUGACCUCUCGCUCUUUGUGGCUGAAGCAAUGUUCCUACUAUCUGAUGACAUAUAUUCUAUGUUACUCUUCUGUGUUAAGAUAAUUUUGAAGUAUACAGGGAACAAAGAAAGGAAGAAUCCAACACAAGUGGUGAAAAUACUGAUUUAUGUUAUGCUAUAUGUGUUUGAAACAUAUAUCAAACCAAAGAAUGGAGUCUAUCAGGCUGGUGGCAAAUCCACUCAAUUGGAGCUGAUCAAAUCGUCUACCCAGCAUUUUGCUUACGGGGUCAGGAGUUUGGAGCACAUUGUUUUGGUUCUCGAAAAUGGCGGCUCUAUUCCACCGAUUUCUUUUGAACACUACAACCAAGAGCUGAAGAAGCUAGAGGAGAAGUUGAGGUCUUCCAAAGAUGUUUUAGAGGCGAAUGGAUUUGUGAGAGAAGCGAUGAAGUCUAACAUUCUUCAUUUGUGGAAGUCUUUAUUUGUAACACUACCCUUGAUAUACCCUAAUGUUAGAAUUCAUGAUAUGUUUAGCCCUCUCUUGAACCAAGCAAGGCAGGAUGUUUGCUCUCGUCUUAUUGCUUCUUUACACAUAUGAAUAGGAGUUUCUUGGACUCAAUGAUUUUCGAAAGAAGCGAUUGAGUUUCAUUUGUGUAUUGACUGUUAAUGCAUUUUGGUAUUCGGCUUUUAUUCAGUUUAU